AUGGCUUACAGGGUCAGCACCGUUUGCAUUAUAGCCGUUCUCCUCCUCUCCUUCACUUUGACCUAUGCUGCCCGGCCGGAGCCAACCUUCGCUGAUGUAACUCCGAUGGACAAUCUACAUGGGGAUAAUGCUGAAGUGGAGACAGUUCAGAUGGAAGAGAGCUGUGAAGGAGUUGGAGAAGAGGAGUGUUUGAUGAGAAGAACACUUACAGCUCAAAUUGAUUAUAUAUACACACAGAAACACAAGCCAUGA